CCCAAAUUUUUGCUCGCGAACCAAAAUUUCAGGGAACGCGAUUUACAAAAUGGCGCACUAAUCAAUCACUUACGUCACAAUUAAGCAAAUAGCACCACACCCUUUGGCGCAUCAGAUAAUCAUUUUGCCACGUUCAUACCUGGGCAUACGCGGCAGUUGUUCCUACAGUUUUAUUACCUACAGGCACCGUCACUUUUUUUUUGGAGAAUAUGGAGGAGCACCAUCCGGCUUUCAGAAAGGUAAAGUCCGAAGUGCAAGUUAAGCGUGAGAGAAAUUCGCCGGUCAGUGAGCACAACAUGUCCUCGGUGAUCAUACGUCGACAGGUCAUCACGACCGCGGGCACAAUUGAGGAAAACAUCGAAGAAGUGAAACACCAGCAAACCGCGGAAGAAGACGGCGCGAAAUCUUCCACCCCCAAGCCGAUGGGGGCCACGAACAGUCCGCAGCAAUUCGAAGGUCAGCUGGAAGUGGGACAUUUCCAAGGACAGAGCGAGCAGUACCCCGUGACAAGCCAAGAGUACCAAGUCCACGGUCAGGAUGGCCAGUAUACUGCCACGGUACAGGUCGCUCCCCACCUCCAGCUGGAGAACGGCCAGUAUGUCGAGCAACAAGAAGAAAGGAAAGUGAGGGUGGAAUACACCGAUCUCGAUACGGUCCCGAAUUCGCAAUACCCCCCAGGCGCCCACUUCGCCAACGAAAACGCUCAAUUUAUCUCGCAACAGCCGACGAGCCAACAACCGCAGUUCCAGCAAUUCCAAAAUUUCGCGAUAACGAGGGGAAGCGACGAAAGCCCCCCGACGCCUGUCCUGUACAAAAGCGACCCCAACCUGGCCUCCUCGCGGAUAUUUCAAGGUUCCUACGAAAUACAAAAUACUCAAGCCGGUUCCGCGAACGGCGGCCAAGUCACGCUGAUCGGCCACGGCGGCAACAGCUACCAGUACACGGUACCGGCGAACUCCAACUGGGCGUCGACCGCCACCAUCUCGACGUCCGAAUUCAACGCGUACCCCUCGACGAGCCACCAUCAGGCCGCCGAGGGUAUCGCGUAUCAGAACUUCUCGGGCGCGACCGGCCCGAACUCGUGGUCGCAGCUGGACGAGGCGUACGAGGGACACAUACCGGAGAUCGAGGUGAAGGAGUGCGUCAACUGCGGGGCGAGCAUCACGCCGCUUUGGCGCCGAGACGGCACCGGACACUACCUGUGCAACGCGUGCGGACUGUACAACCGAAUCAACGGAGUCAACCGACCUCCUGUACGUACAACCAAAAAACCUACUACGCUUGAAUUUCAGAAUGGAAACCGCCGUUCUGGUGUUUGUUGUGCAAAUUGCAGUACAAGAACGACCACCCUCUGGCGAAGAAACAACCAGGGCGAACCCGUCUGCAACGCGUGCGGCCUCUAUUUCAAGCUGCACAGCGUGAACCGUCCGCUCAGCAUGAAGAAGGAGGGCAUCCAGACCAGAAAGCGAAAGCCGAAGAACGCGUCGUCCGGACAUCCAAACCAUCUGCCAUCGCUGGCUUCCGGAUCGGGUUUGGCCCUCCAAUCGCGUGCUUUAAUGAUACCGAACACCAUGUACCAAGGUAAUAUUCCAGCAGAACUAACAACGAACGACCAAUACCAAUUUCCAUUAACAAUUCAGCAUCAACAGGGCCAGAGCACUCACACCAUCAGACUUCCCAGCGCUGAACACAUCAAUCGCCAGGCAAUUUUAAAUUUACCACCCCUCGAGCCGGUGAUGAUCCCUCGCACGGUCGACGAGCAGGCAACCGUAAUUACCUCAACGUCAACGGCGAACGAUCUACAUCGAUCCGAUUACAGCCACUCACCCAAACCGAACGCCAAAUGACCUUUUUGACAAUUUCAGCUUUUUUUUUACUAAGUAUACAGAUAAGAACUCUAGUCCGAUGAAUACCUAUAAGCGUUUUCAUUUAAAAAUUGCGACUUGUUCAACAAAAAUAUGUCGAUUAAGCGAAAAGUAUUUAUUGUUCCUUUCACGAUCAGUGAGAAUUGGUACCUACUUCUGUACUUUUUGUAAUGUUUUUUUUUUUAAUAUUACAGAUAUCUAUAAUAA